AUGAAGUCGUUCGGCAUUGCCGCUGCCGCGGCUGCCCUCCUCGCCAGGGCCGUCGCUGCUGACGUCCCCCCAAUUGAGAUCAAGGGCUCCAAGUUCUUCUACUCCAACAACGGCACCCAGUUCUACAUGCGCGGUGUUGCCUACCAGCAGGAGUACAGCACCAACGGCACCUCGAGCGGCAACGAUGACUACACCGACCCGCUCAGCAAGCCCGACAACUGCAAGCGUGACAUUCCCUACCUGACCCAGCUGCGCACCAACACCAUCCGUGUCUACGCCGUCAACCCCGACGAGGACCACGAUGAGUGCAUGCAGAUGCUUCAGGAUGCCGGCAUCUACGUCGUUUCCGAUCUGUCGUCCCCCGGCAAGUCCAUUGACCGCUCCGACGCCGCCUGGAACGACGAGCUGUACGCCCGCUACACUGCCGUCAUUGACGCCAUGGCCAAGUACAACAACACGCUUGGCUUCUUCGCCGGUAACGAGGUUUCCAACUCGCCCAACAACACCGAUGCCAGCGCCUUCGUCAAGGCUGCCGUUCGUGACAGCAAGGCCUACAUCAAGGCUAAGGGCUACCGUACCAUUGGUGUCGGUUACGCCACCAACGAUGACGCCGACAUCCGUGAGAACAUGGCCAAUUACUUCAACUGCGGUGAUGACGAGGCCAGCCGCAUCGACUUCUGGGGUUACAACAUCUACUCGUGGUGCGGUGACUCUUCCUUCACCAAGUCUGGCUACGACGUCCGCACCAAGGAGUUCGAGGACUACUCCGUCCCCGUCUUCUUCGCUGAGUACGGCUGCAACGAUGUUUCUCCCCGUCAGUUCACCGACACCCCUACUCUCUUCGGUGACAAGAUGAACAACGUCUGGUCCGGUGGUAUCGUCUACAUGUACUUCCAGGAGGAGAACGACUACGGCCUUGUCACCAUCAAGGACAACAAGGUCAGCACUCUUAAGGACUUCAGCUACUACUCCAAGCAGAUCCAGUCUGCCACUCCCACUGGUGUCAACAGCGCCAGCUACACCCCCUCGAACACUGCUGGUGCCAAGUGCCCCACUGUCGACAAGUCUUGGGCUGCCACCAACUCCCCUCUGCCGCCUUCUCCCAACCGUGAGCUGUGCACUUGCAUGUACAACUCUCUUGGCUGCACUGUCUCCUCCAAGGUCGACUCUGAGGACUACGGCGAGCUCUUCGGCACCGUCUGCGGUCUCAACAACAAGGCUUGCCAGGGCAUUGCUCACAACGCCACCACUGGUGACUUUGGUGCUUACAGCAUGUGCAACUCCACUGAGCAGCUUGCCUUUGCCCUGAACCGCUACUACGAGCUCCAGGACAAGAGCUCUGAUGCCUGCUCCUUCAGCGGCUCUGCUCAGCUCGCCUCUUCCACCAAGCCCGCCGGCAGCUGCUCUAGCUUGAUGGCUCAGGCUGGUACCGCUGGCACUGGUCAGGUCACCGCUUCCCCCACCAGCACUGCUGCUGCCUCCGGCGCUGGCGGCUCCGACUCCAAGAGCUCCAAGGGCGCUGCUGCCGGCCUUACCGUCCCCCGCUUCGACUUCGGCAUGCUCCAGAUGGGUGUCUACGCUGUCGGUGCCAUGGGUCUUGGCGCUGGCAUGAUCCUUCUGUAA